AUGGAGAACUUCGACUUUUUAUUACCAUUGAAAGUUCCUUUCCAACUAUUGAAAAUCUUUGGCUUUUGGUUUGAUGAGAAUGCAUCAAAAAGCUAUAAAAUGUACGGGAUUUUGUUGCAUGUAAUUCUAGCCGAUCUCUUUGUCAUUGGGCAAUUUGUUGAAUUUUUUCGUGUUGAUGGUUUAUUCGUAAAAACGUUGAUUAUAGCAGUUUCAUUCACUUUCCUUGGAGCUUCAAUUAAAACUAAAAAUGUAAUGAUCGUUUCAAAAAAAAUUGUUGAAAUUAUAGCUGACCUUAAAGAAAUAAUUGCCUUGCUGGAUAGCAAUGUCAGUGACUUGAGAAUUUUGAAAGGGAAAUCUCGUCAAGUUACAAAAUUUUUCUGGGUUUAUUGGAUCAUGUGCUUAAUUGUCAUAUCAUGGGGAAGUUUCAUUCCUUGGAUUAAUUACUUUCAAAAUCCUGAACCGCCUUACAAGCUUUUAUAUCCAACAUGGUCACCAUUUAAUCACGAACAAAAUAUCUUCGGAUUCGUCAUCGUUUCCUUUUAUGAGUCAUUAACUUCGGGAGUUUUUUGUGGCGUAGUUGUUGCUGAAGAUAUAUUUCCGGUGUACUUUUUCAACAUCAUCAGUGGAAUGCUACAAGAACUCAAUGAAAGAAUUUCUUACAUAACAAAGAAGCGUGAAAAUUCAGGAAAUGGCGAGAGUACUGGCAAGAGAACAAAACAUGACGAACAUUUUAUGGAGCUUUUAAGAUGCGUCGAAAUUCAUCACAGAAUUAAAAAAGUUAUUCAGAAAGUUGAAAACAUUUUCAGUGCUAUGAUUGUUAUUCAAGGUAUCAUGAGCGUCAUCCUCAUCUGUACGAUCGCGUUCACAUUAUCCAAAAUGUCGAUAAUGUCGGAACCUUCACUAUUCAUUUUUAUGUUCACUUACAUGGUUCCAAUGAUCUUGGAGAUAUUUCUGCCAUGUUAUUUUGGAAACGAAGUUUCAUUGGCGUCUCAAAAAUUUUCAACGACUCUUUUUCACAUUGAUUGGAUUGAGGAAGACAAAAAUUUUAAAUCGGCAAUGAAAAUGGUCUUGGAAAACACAAAAACUCCAAUAAAAAUUGCAGCAGCUCAAGGAGUUUUUCCUGUGAAUUUGUGGACCUUUUUAAGAAUUAUUAACUCUGCUUUUUCAGUUUAUGCUGUUUUGCAAAGUAUGAAAGGAAUAUCAACCACGACUGCAAGUCAUUCUAUUCAUCAGAACAUGAGAAACUCUGAAAGUUUAAAAUUUCAAUAA